AUGGUAUUCUAUUAUUUACCCACAUCGCAAGGUUGGGUACUAACAUUUUUAUCAUCAGUGUUAUGUGUUCUUGGUACGUUGGUCAUAUACUUUGAUCUGGUCUACUACUUCAUAUUCCCUAGAUUCAUCACCUCAAGGUACCCUUUCCACUUGAAAGAAAAUUACACAUUUCUAAAUGGUUCACUUGCAUUUAGCUCUGGGUGUUUGAUAUUUACUUCACUAUACCGACUACUUCCGGAAGCAUUGAAAUAUCUCCAGGAACUGGCCAAUGAAGAUGAUAAAGAAGGGCGAGAAGGGCCCGAACAUGAAAGUCCAUCAAAUGCAAGAAGGUUGCAGUUUUUACUAAUGGUGAGUUAUUUUGGUGGCAUCAUCAUUUGCGCGUUUUUCAAUUAUGUCUUGCAUUUGAUGACUAGCGAAAGCGUUGUUCAUUGCAAUCAUGGAAAUGAUGUCAAGGGAGGCGGCCCUGCGGCGCAUCACAGCCAUUCUCAUCACCACGCGGAUAAUCACGAUGUGGAAGAAUCUGGUUAUAUUCAGCAACAGGAGUAUCAGCAUCAACAUGAUCAUGAACAUCAUCACUAUCACGAUAUUGAAGUGCCAGAGCAAAACCCAGCGAACAAAUUACAACUGCAACAGCUGACAAUACAAAUAGAGAUGAGAGACCACGAGAACACUCCACUCUUGAGGAAAACGCUCGUUCCAAGAAAGUCACUCUUGCGCUUAUUUCUCCCUUCGGAAAGCGAAGAAGAUGGCGAGUGUAAGGGAUUUUCAUCUGCUGAGCGAUGCUAUUUCAAAAACGAUACAUGUCACGAUCCGCAUGAGUCAUUGCACUACUGCGAGCUUCCCGAGUUACCAAGCGAGCCUCCUAGUGAUGGUAGUAACGUGAAUGACGUUUCAGCAUUGGAUGGGAACCAACACCAUCAUGAACAUGAACAUCAACAUCAACAUCAACAUCAACAUCAACAUCAACACGAGCAUGAAGACGAACACCAAUUUGAGCAUAGCCAGCAACAAAGCCAAACGCGUCACUCGAUUCAUCUGCAUCAUGAACCAGAUCACCAUCAUCAUGUAAACUCUCCAUUGUCAAGAUUGCUCUUAAUUGGAAUCCAAACUACAUUAGCUAUAACACUUCAUAAGCUACCAGAGGGUUUCAUAACUUAUAUCACAUCAGAAACGAACCCUACAUUAGGCGUCUCCAUAUUUAUAAGUUUGACAUUACAUAACUUUACAGAAGGCUUUUCAAUGUGUUUACCAUUGUAUUUCUCUAUGGCAGAAACUUCUAAAUUUGCCAAAGUCAAAGCUGUUUCCUUGAGUGCUAUUUUGGGCGGUCUUUCGCAGCCUUUGGGUGCUAUAUUAGGAUAUUUUUUCCUAAAAGUCAAUGAGGACAAAUACAGCUUAAGUCGGUUGAAUUUGAUAUUUGGAAUUACAAUGGCUAUAACUAGUGGCUUUUUGACAGUUGUCGCGUUAUCCAUGUAUGGUAGUGCUGUUUCAUUUGGAGGCAAUGCCAAUCACGUAAUGACUUGGUGCAUUAUAGGUAUCAUAUUGAUUGGUUCCUCAUCAAUAUUAUCAGCCCAGUAG